CAGAAUUCAGCAGUCACAGCACACACACUUCACACACAUUCACGGCGGUGAAAAAACACACAUACAGACGCCGAAAUGAAGACGAUCCUCUCUUCCGACACCAUGGAUAUCCCCGACGGCGUCAAAAUCAAGGUGAAUGCGAAGGUUAUCGAAGUUGAAGGUCCUAGAGGUAAGCUUUCGCGUAACUUCAAGCAUUUGAAUCUCGAUUUCCAGCUCACCACCGACGAGGAAACCGGGAAGAAGAAGCUGAAGGUUGAUGCUUGGUUCGGUAGCCGGAAAACUACCGCCUCUAUUCGUACCGCCCUCAGCCACGUCAGCAAUCUGAUUAAGGGCGUUACCCAGGGUUACCGCUAUAAGAUGCGUUUUGUGUACGCUCACUUUCCGAUCAACGCUUCCAUCAGCGGUAACGGAAAAGCUAUCGAGAUCCGAAACUUCCUCGGCGAGAAGAAGGUGAGGAAGGUUGAUAUGCUUGAUGGGGUUUCAAUCGUCCGAUCUGAGAAGGUUAAGGAUGAACUGGUUUUGGACGGAAACGACAUUGAACUUGUGUCACGAUCUGCUGCCUUGAUAAACCAAAAAUGUCACGUCAAGAACAAGGAUAUUAGGAAGUUUCUCGAUGGUAUCUAUGUCAGUGAGAAGGGAGCCAUUGCUGUCGAAGAGUAGGUAGUUAGGUUUUUCUUUUCAAGCUACCGCGUGUUUUUUGACUGGUUAUUCUCUGUUUUUCAAUUUAAGUUUACUUUAUUAGACACAUUUUUGAACUUGAAUUUAUAUUUUUGUUUUGGUAGAACUGCUUAAUGUGGCUGGUUGGUUGUGUUUUGAAUUCGGAACAAUUAUAUAUUCGCAUUUCUCAAUGUUUUUCUUAUAGU